AUGGAGGUGCCUUCUGGUCUCACCUGGUCACUGAGGAAGAUUUGGAGUGGAAGGGAGGAUCUAGUUGCUACUGGUUGUGCUCAAUAUGUGUUUAAUGGGAAAUAUAGCAUCAAGAACAUGUACAAAUGCUUGAAAGGUGAAAGUCAGAAGGUGGAAUGGAAAAGGCUAAUCUGCAACAAUUCUGCUAGUCCAAAGAGUGUCUUUGUUCUGUGGCUAGCCAUUCAGAAUAGGCUUCCCACCAGGGAUAGAUUGCUCAGUUGGCAUAUGGAUAUUGAUGGCACCUUUACUCUGUGUAACCAGGUAGAUGAAUCUGUUGAUCAUCUAUUUUUCAACUGUGACUAUGCCAGUGCUGUAUGGGAUGCUGUGAUUCAGAAAGUUGGACAUGGAGAGACAAGACCGCCAUUUACUGAGGAGAUUACUAGAGCAGCAAAGAAGUCUAGGAAAGGAAAGACUAAGAACAAAGUGUUCAGUCUAGCUUUCACUGAGACAGUGUAUCAGAUUUGGCUGCAAAGGAACCAGAGGAUCUUCACUAGCAAAGCUGACCCUGCUACUACUGUUGUUAAUAGAAUUUUGUUUAUUGCUGCUUGUAGAUGUACUGAUGAGAUGAGUGAGCAAUUACUGUAG